AAGGCGAGCUGAAGGCUCUGCCUGUAUUAUUUCGAUUGAACAGUUCAUACUAUCCCAUAAAGGAGAAACACGAACUUUAAUCCCCUGUGAGUAGCAUCCUUUUCGCUGCAAAUGUCAUAACUCAAGGGACUUUGUAGCUGGUUCUUCUCCUUGCUAAUAUUGGUGUAACGUGCUAUAGGACUUUCAUGGGUACUGACAAUAUUCUCGAUAGUGCCAAUCGCACGGGGCCGCCUAUGCAGCAGCAGCACCUCCGGAAUCAGGUACGCCCCCCUCCCGGUACAUCGCACCGUCCUCUGCUGGCAUCCGUUCAGGCUGGUCGUGUGCAGGUCCUCCCUUCGAGCUCCGGUGGAGUCCAGACACAAACACAAGCUCCGCGGGACACAUCCGGGACGCAUGUUGGCAAUCUUCCUCACCUAGACGUGUCGCAAGGAAGCAACAUAUCACCAUCGUCAUCCAUAGGAAGUCCGCUGCGACACUACCCCCCAUCGUCAUUCCAGCUGAAUAACUAUCCAGGACAAUACGCAAUAUCCCAGCAGCCCCCGCCAUUUCCAACCGCGCACCCACCAACUUAUACAUACACACACGCUCGUGGAUACGCACCACACUUUCCUCUGGAAUCUGGCCCGUAUCAACAAAAUCCGUUGGGAUCCCGACCCGUGAUACAGGCGCACUCACCACAUAAUACGGGCAGGCCUCCUUACCCGUUGGGUGGUAAUUCGGGAAUGCACUCCACUGCAAAUAGUCCUGCAACUCACUCUCCGCUACCUGUGCAGCAUCCUCCUCCUGGCGCAUCUGGUUCACAUAGCACAUUACAAUACCAGUCUGUGCGCUAUCCCAGUCCAUACACUCCUUACCGUUACGACCACGCAUAUCAGCCAAACCCAUAUCAGUGGUAUUACAGUCCUCCUGUCCCGCCUGGAUUUAACGAGGGGAUCCCCAUGCAUUAUCAACCUCGGUACCUAAUGAACUUCCCACCCUUGCAUGAUUCUCCUUCGGUCGACUUGGAGACACAUUUUUCUCAAGUCUCCAUUCAUGGUGGACCAACCUCACCUGUGCAGUCGACUGCUCCGCCGGCGGCUCUGCCUACAAGGUACCCACCUCAGGUUCCUCAGGUUGCAUUAGCAGCUCCCCAAUCAUCAUCGGCACCGGUAUCAAAUUCUCCCUUAAUAUUCGCUCGCCACGAACGUCAUGCUUCGCCCCCAUCAACCGUUACUUCUUCAUCUCGCCCUCAUUCUGAACGUCCCAUUGUACGUCGAGCUUAUCAUCCCAACCCCCCCUCCCACAGAUCCGAAUGGGUGAUGUGGAUAGGGAAUGUUCCAGGUGGGACCACCCACGACGAACUCUGGGGAUUUCUGAAACGCCCUCCUAUGGACAAUGACUCGUUUGAGUCUGACGCCAAUGGUGUCUUAUCGAUUUUCUUAAUCUCCCGGUCAAACUGCGCAUUUGUCAACUUUGACACGGAAGAGCACUUACAGCGCGCAAUCGUGCAAUUCAAUGGGCAACAGCUCCACCCACAUGACCGACGGGGUCCACGACUUGUUUGUCGAGUACGUCGCAAAGAGGAUGAUCUCCGUGCUGGGGUAGGUGGGCAACGGGGAAUGGGCGUGCACACUCGCUAUGUCCGCGAGCAAUCUCAGCAGGGACAAAUGAAUAAGCAGGUUGCUCCAAGUGAAGACGAUCAGUCAUCAUCUACCGGUCGCCGUUCGAGUCUAUCGAGUGAGUCUGGGCAUCCAGUGGCUGUGACUGCGUCAUCACAGUCGAGUGAUGAUGAAGCUACCAGAGCUCGCCAAGGUUCGCAACCCGGAGACAGUGUCAAGGCUCAAUCAAGUAGUUCCUAUUCGUCGACGAACUCCAGUUUUUUGUCCAGGCAUUUUCCGAAACGCUUUUUCAUUCUCAAGUCUUUGACGCAGGUUUGUGUUUCUAGAGGAUCACUAGUUCUGAUUUAUUUUUGAUGCUUUGACCUUGUAGUUUGACCUAGACUUGAGUGUUGAAAAUGGAUUGUGGGCAACUCAAAAGCAUAACGAGGCCAUUCUUGACCAGGCUUACCGCACUAGCAGCGAAGUUAUCUUGAUAUUUAGCGUGAACAAGAGCGGGGAGUUCUACGGAUAUGCACAGUAUGUAAAGUUCCAUUUUUUUUCCCGGUACUGAUUUUCU